AUGCAGGCCAACGGGGCAGGAGGGGGCCAGCAGCAGCAGCAGCAGCAGCCGCCACAGGGUCCAGCGGGCCCGGAGCUGGGCUGCCUAGGCGCCCAGAACGGCGAGGCCUCGGCGGGCACGGCCGCCGGCGACCAGCUGGCCCAUGCCAACGGGUUGCUGCCCUCGGCCAACAGCGGCGGCGGCGGCAGCCCCGGUGGCCUCAGCGUCAACAACGGGGUGCCCUCCGCCGGGGCCCCCGGCCCUGCCGCUGCGGAGUUGGGGGGCGGCAGUAGUGGCAGCGCCCUGAAGAAGAAGAAGCGGCUCUCGCAGUCCGACGAGGACGUUAUCCGGCUGAUCGGGCAGCACCUCCACGGCCUGGGCCUCAACCAGACUGUUGAUCUUCUCAUGCAAGAGUCAGGAUGUCGUUUAGAACAUCCUUCUGCUACCAAAUUCCGCAAUCAUGUCAUGGAAGGAGAAUGGGAUAAGGCUGAGAACGACCUGAAUGAACUUAAGGCCUUAGUGCAUUCUCCGCAUGCAAUUGUGAGGAUGAAGUUUUUGCUGCUGCAGCAGAAGUACCUGGAGUACCUGGAGGAUGGCAAGGUCCUGGAGGCACUUCAAGUUCUGCGCUGUGAACUGACGCCUCUGAAGUAUAAUACAGAACGCAUUCAUGUCCUCAGUGGGUAUCUGAUGUGUAGCCAUGCAGAAGACUUGCGUGCAAAAGCAGAGUGGGAAGGGAAAGGAACAGCUUCCAGAUCUAAACUUUUGGACAAACUCCAGACAUACCUACCCCCAUCAGUGAUGCUUCCUCCAAGGCGUUUACAGAACCUGCUACGUCAGGCUGUGGAACUACAACGGGACCGGUGCCUAUAUCACAACACGAAACUAGAUAGUAAUCUAGAUUCUGUCUCGCUGCUAAUAGAUCAUGUUUGUAGUAGGAAACAGUUCCCAUGCUAUACACAGCAGAUACUAACGGAGCACUGUAAUGAAGUGUGGUUCUGUAAAUUCUCCAAUGAUGGCACUAAACUAGCAACAGGAUCUAAGGACACAACUGUCAUCAUAUGGCAGGUUGAUCCAGAUACUCACCAGCUAAAACUACUUAAGACGUUAGAAGGUCAUGCAUAUGGUGUGUCUUAUAUUGCUUGGAGUCCAGAUGACAACUAUCUUGUUGCCUGUGGCCCAGAUGAUUGUUCUGAGCUUUGGCUCUGGAAUGUACAAACUGGGGAGCUGAGGACAAAGAUGAGCCAGUCUCAUGAAGACAGUUUAACAAGCGUGGCCUGGAAUCCUGAUGGGAAGCGUUUUGUAACGGGAGGUCAGCGUGGGCAGUUCUAUCAGUGUGAUUUAGAUGGCAAUCUCCUUGACUCCUGGGAAGGGGUGAGAGUACAAUGCCUUUGGUGCUUGAGUGAUGGGAAAACUGUUUUAGCGUCAGACACACACCAGCGAAUUCGGGGUUAUAACUUCGAGGAUCUCACUGACAGGAACAUAGUACAAGAAGAUCACCCCAUUAUGUCGUUUACUAUUUCUAAAAAUGGACGUUUAGCUUUGUUAAAUGUAGCAACUCAGGGAGUUCACUUAUGGGAUUUACAAGACAGAGUUUUAGUGAGAAAGUAUCAAGGUGUUACACAAGGAUUUUACACAAUUCACUCAUGUUUUGGAGGUCAUAAUGAAGAUUUCAUCGCAAGCGGCAGUGAAGAUCACAAAGUAUAUAUUUGGCACAAGCGUAGUGAGCUGCCCAUCGCGGAGCUGACAGGGCACACGCGCACCGUGAACUGUGUCAGCUGGAACCCGCAGAUUCCAUCCAUGAUGGCCAGCGCUUCAGAUGAUGGCACCGUUAGAAUAUGGGGACCAGCACCUUUCGUAGACAACCAGGAUAUUGAAGAGGAAUGCAGUAGCAUGGAUAGUUGAUGGCGAAUUUGGAGCAGACGA